UUCCUUCAGCAACCUUCAGGCCACGUGCCACAUGUUGUAGCGUGGCUCCCCCAAAUCAAUACUCACCUGUCUGCGAAGCACGGUUUGCGAAUAUUCCUUGAUCAGCAUUAGUAGUUCUGCGUGAACGUUCCACCGAGAUGGCUGGCAAAAGAAGGCACGGCGAGUCCGGGAAGCGCAAAUCGGUGAAAAUUGCCCCGUCCAAGUCAAAAAUUUCAAACGACAGCGUCUAUCCGGAUUACUCCAAGUUCCAGGUUACCUAUCCCGUAGUUUGCCGCCAACGGUACCACCAGGACAAGGUACGCUACGACAAGCAGUUCCAGUACGAGCUGAAAAUGCUGGAACUUAUGCAAAAUUCCGCCUACGACUCGAUGCGUUUUCACAGGCACGUAGCCAUCACGACCUUGUGGCCUCCGUUGCACACCAAGAAGGAAAUUGAGUACGUUCUGGACAAGUUUUUCCGGCUGCCCGACAAGCAAACGCGCCGUCUGCGUGACAUCAUGAAUGCUCCCGUUUACUGAGAGGCCUAGCGAAACCACGUGCUCUUUGGGGGAGGUGGGACGUUCUUUCUAAGAUUGGUGCGGAAUAAAAUCACACUUUGUUGCAAUCGGUCUACGAGAA